CCACUGGCCGUGAUCCUCUCUUCCACAGCGAAGCGGGGCACGUCGCGCACUCAACUCGCGUUUUCGUCGUUUCUCGGCUUCCGCUUAGCUCUCCCGGUCCCGGUAUUUCUUCUCCGCGUCCUGUCCAGUCCUCUCGCCGUCAGUUAACAUUCCCAUCAACGUCAUUGCACAUUCAUCGUUUCUGUCUCAAAUUUGCGAAAUUUCAUCCUCUUUUUAUUCACACCUUCUUCUUCUUUUUUUAAUUUGCCGCGUUUUCAACAUGACGCGCGAGGUACAGUUGUCAUCGGGAUAACGAUGGAAUGACGAAUUUCUGUGAAGAUUAAUGUAGCCGAGAUUUAAUACAGAUGAAGCGAUGAUGAUCAAGAAUUGAGUGAAUUUAAGGAUUUCGUGUUUUAAGAGAAUGAAUAAAAUUGGAGGAGAGUAGACUGAAUCAGGGAAUAAGGAAGAAAAGCCAUGGUCGUCGAUUGGCUGUGUCCGGGACUUAGACCCACCGGAAACCGGAGGCCUCGUCUUCUUCAUUGCAAGGUGAUCCUUCUGGAUGAGCAUGAACUUGUUCAAGACGUUUUGAGUUCCAAUCUGGGACAAGAACUCCUGGAUAGGGUAUUUAGGCAUUUGAAUCUAUUAGAAACUGCUUACUUUGGUCUUCGUUAUCUCGACCAUGAAAAUCAAACGCAAUGGCUUGAUCCAAGCAAGAAGAUCAGCAAGCAACUCAAAUUUCAAAAGGGGGACCUCAGUCUGGACGUGCAUACCCUCUACUUUGGUGUGAAAUUCUACGCAGCCGAUCCUUGCAAGCUGAUUGAAGAAAUUACAAGGUACCAAUUCUUCCUGCAAGUCAAACAAGACAUUCUGCAAGGAAGGCUCCCGGUGUCUUUCGACCUCGCUGCUGAACUAGGGGCGUAUGUCGUUCAAUCUGAACUCGGAGAUUACGAUCCCAGGAGGCACUCCAUCGGCUACGUGACCGAAUUUCGAUUCCUGGCGAAUCAGACAUCCGAGCUUGAAUCAAGAAUAGUGGAGCUACAUAAAACUUUACUAGGACAGUUACCAUCGGCGGCAGAGCUUAAUUACUUGGAUAAAGUAAAAUGGCUUGAAAUGUACGGUGUCGACUUACAUCCAGUUUUGGGUGAGGACAACGUCGAGUACUUUUUGGGACUGACUCCGAGUGGUAUAAUAUUAUUACGCAACAAAACCAAAGUGGGAAAUUACUACUGGCCCCGAAUCAACAAAAUCUAUUAUAAGGGUAAGUACUUCAUGCUACGAGUGAGUGAAAAGAACUCCGAGGAAAGGACUCAUGGUUUCGAAACACCAUCAAAAGGAGCCUGCAGACACCUGUGGAAAUGUUGCCAGGAACACCAAGCAUUUUUCCGAUUGAUGGCUACAGGACCUCCUCCAUUGAGUCCGUAUUCUCGUUUCCGAUCCUACAGUCCACCUUCGGGUUCGGGUUCGGAAAAGCACCUUUCAAUAAGAAGGAAUCCACCUCCUUUCCAAAGGGCACCCAGUAGAAGAGCUCAGCGUCGGGUGGUGGAAGGUCAAGAAAUGGUUGGUCCCUUCAUUGAGGCACCACCUAUUAAUUCGAAUCCUGGGAUCAUAAGCAAUAACAAAAUAUGUAGUAAUGUUCACAAUGCUCACAAUAUUCACAACGUUCAUAAUGUUCACAAUGUUCACAACUCUCAUACUCCGAGACAUGUUAGCUCGAGUCCAAGAAGCACGAGGAGUGCACCCUGGACGCAACAUCAACCUCGUGGUCUCUACACGUCGUCUAGUCCUCGAUCCGUCCGUUCUGCAGGAACGGCUCCAGCUCUCUUAAGCAGACUCCAGCGAAGGAGUAGCUCAGUAGAGAGCCAAAGUUCAGGGGAUAGUCAUAGUCGUGGCGGUCACAGAAGAAGAAGUCAUAGUCAUAGUCAUCGCAGACACAGUCGGCAUUCCGAUUGUGAAUCUGAAAUGUCGCGGGGGUCUGAACCCAGAUCUGGUCACCGUAAGCAUCGUCGGAAGCACAGAAGCUCUAGAAAUUCUAGACACGAAUUAAUAGACUCCGAGCCCCAAUGGAGAGAAGCUCAAAGGCGGAAAGGCGAAGGAGUUCAGCAAGCUGUCGUGAGUCACACCGAACCAAGAAGAAGACACAGAAGCAAACACAGAAGUCCUUCUCAAAAACAAUCUCUUCCCGACGAGCUCAGAAAACACUUGGAGUUCGGUCUAGUCGAUACCACGGGAAUGAGUGAACAGCAACGUCGCGAGAUUCCAUACAUGGUGGUACGAUCUCAAGCCAUUCAGCAACAAAUCGCCCUCCAGUCUAGCAAUUGUCGAUUGGAUGAUGUUGAUACAUCCGCGCCUAGAACUAUGGGAUCCAUUGGCAAAAGAGAUCGAAGAGUGGUUCAGCAUAGUCGCGAGGGAAGUUAUAACUUAUCAACCACCCAAUCGAGACCGAAUCGAGUCUUAGAAAAGUAUCCUGAAGCUAGGAAUGAGUAUAAUACAAGGAGGGACUUUGAUUAUGCUCGUAAUGGCAGAAUGUUAAUAGGCAAUAACGUGGACAGUGGACUCGGUGAAAGCACCCCACAGGACUUUUCCAGCUGUUGCUCGAGUUCUGCUGACAGCACUAAGCACAUUCGUGUAACGCAAAGGCAAUUAGAGGCAGAGAGACGUUACAGACUUUCAAAUCAAGAACCCUAUCCUCCAGGUGACAUCACUCUGGAUGCAGUUCUACAGCCAAUUAUGUCGACGCUCACUCGGAGGCCACGAAAUCGUCCGAAGUAGGCACAGAACAUGGAAUGAAGAUAGUUCAUUUUUAUGCACAUACUGUAUAUUUAAAGGAAACUUUUUAUACCUCAAUGAAAUAAAUGUCUAUAAUCCCA